CUUUUUCCUUUUUCAACUCGGCGUUGCAUUUCUUCUAUAUUCAUUAUUUUCAAAAUCUGGCAACUAAAGUGCAUCGUCUGCUAAGAAAUAAUCACAAAUCACAAUGUGAUGUGAUUCCGUCCGUCUAUUUUUUAUUUUUGCAAAGUUUACAGAGCGAAAUUUCUAAUGCAGCGUUAUCUCAUUAAAUUCUCGUAUUCGGGAACGCGCUUUCGGGGGUUACAAAGACAGCCUGGAGAAAUAUACAACGAUGAAAUUCCGUACCGAGCUUCAAUUCAGACAAUUUUGGAAAAAGGAAUUUUAAGAUUCCUUCAACACAAAAAGUCAGCUACCUCCUUUGAACCUGGUGUCCAGUUCUCAAGCCGUACAGAUCAAGGAGUGCAUUCAUUUUGCAAUUUAGCUCAUGUUGACUUGGAGCUUCUGAAGAAUGGUAGUUGCAUCCCACCACGCACCCUCCAGAAAACUUUGCAUGUGUUCUGUCAAAAAUCUGACAUCAAUCUUACAGUGAAUAAUGUGGAAGCUGUGCCAUCAACUUUUCAUGCAAGAUAUUCAAGUUAUUCGAGACACUACCUUUACAGAAUUGGUGUAACCCCAGAGGAUGUUAAGUGUCAUCCUGUCAUUGAAUGGAGAAAGUGCUACUUCAUAGAGAAACCUUUUUGUUUGGACAAAGCUAUUGAAGUCUGCAAACUAUUUGAAGGAACUAAAGAUUUCGCGUCAUUCUGUCACGGCAUCAGCGGGAGACCACCGGGGUACCCUACUGUUCGAACAAUAGAUGCUUUCCAUAUCAAACCUGGAAGGCCUUUGUUUGAUCCUUUAUACGAUCCUUUGUAUUCGGGCAUUGAUUUUUAUGAUUUCCACAUCAAAUCUCGGUCGUUCAUGUACAGACAAGUGCGUCGGAUGGUGGCUCUGGUGGUGGCUGUAGCUAAUGGUCAUAUCAACCUUGACGAAGCCCGUCAAUUAUUUGAUCAUCCAGGACAGUGGAAUCCGAAAGCUAUGACAGCUCCACCGUACGGAUUGUAUCUUCUAGACGUUGGCUACAAGAUUCCUCAAGAUGAGCAGCCUCAACGAAUUAUUGAAAACUAAGGGACAAAAUUUGCGCCGAGUGACUACGCGAGUGACUUUACCGAGUGGACGAGUAUUUCAUGAAGGCGACGGAGUUGCAGUGGAGAGUGAACAAUCUUACGGUUUUGUCAUCGAUAACACACCAGAUCUACAGGUUGGCCAAGUAGAGGAAGGCCUUUUUGUCGCUUCUCAAGAUGUUGCCAAUGAUGCAGAAUUGAUUAAACAGUAUGGGAUCACCCACGUACUGAACGUUGCCGGAGUUCCAUCUCAGAAAUUACUUGACCUUCACUAUCUCGAUGUUCACAUUUUGGACUUGCCCGAAGAACCGCUAAGUUGUCAUUUUGCCAAGUGUUUUGAGUUUAUAGAUGAAGCGCUUAAAAACGGUCGUGUGCUUGUCCAUUGUAAUGCUGGUGUUUCUCGUUCUGUUUCAAUCGUGGUCGCCUUCCUAAUGUGUCGUCGACAAAAGAGUCUCUGUGAGGCUAUAAGUCAAGUCAAAGCUGCCAGACCAAGAGCUCAACCUAAUGCGGGAUUUGUAAAACAGUUGAAGAUGUACGAGUCUAGUAUUUUGAACAAUGAUUCAAAACCUAACAGUUAGAGUGAAACCUUCUUAAUACACGAAUUGCCACAUGCCAA